AUGAAAUCAUCGGAUAAAGGUUUGAUUAAAAUAUCAAAAUAUUUGAGACGAAACUGGCGAGAUAUCAUUCUCACCAAUUGUCACUUGAGCCAACACCAACGUUUACCUUCGUUUGAUGAAAUAUGUACUUGGGUAAAUAGCACCAAACAAUCGACAACGGGAGAUAAAGAAAAUGGUUUUGAUAUCACUAGUGAUGAUGAACAGUACUAUCAACCAGCACCAAGACCUGUUAAAAAGUCUCGAAAAAAGAAGGCAACAUCCAUUUUAUCAAAGCCAGUCAUCCAUAUUCCCGAAGAAGAACCGGAAUCUAUUCAUGAAGAAGUGCCAAAAGAGGUAGAUGAGGAACAAAAGGACCGAUAUCGUCAGCUGGCGCGAGAUAUUAUCAACGAAUAUUCGGAGCAAUAUGAACACUUGAGAGAUAUCGAUAAUUGCCCGAAGCUUAUCGAUUAUAUUGUAGACACAACUCCCAUGAAAGUAUGGCAUGCACCACCGAUCGACGAAAUUCUACUAUGCAGUCGCAAAUAUAUUCUACCUAAACUCGAGAAACAUCUUCAGCAUGAAAAAUUUAUCACCAAUCAUCUUUAUUUUAAAUUGAGAUCAAUGCAUCGAACAUUUUUGAGACAAGUCAUGCCCAAUCUGCAGUUGGUAGUAAAACAAAUUCGAAUGGAAUGGAAGUCGAGAACAGAAAUGCCGUUAAAUGAUAAAAUCAAAUAUCACAUAUCAAAGCGUCUCGGUAAUGACCAAGUAUUACAGUGA